CUCUCUCUCUCUCUCUCUCUCUCUCUCUCUCUCUCUCAGUGUGCAGCAGAUCUCCGGUUGAGCCGCUGAAGCUUCUUCUUUGGCUUCGUGGCUCCAGGAGAGAGGGAGAGAGAAGACGGCUCCGAGCAGGUCCCAGACGCUGAGGAGAGAGAGCAGGAGGACACGAAGGAGGAGGAGGAAGAUAGAGUCUGACACAGAUAAAGGAGAGAGGAUAACGUGACAGGAGGUGAAGACUGAAGGAGGGAGAUGGCUGAGGCACCUCAGCAGCAGCAGGAGGUGAAGGAGGAGGAGGAGGAGGAGGAGCAGCAGCAGGAGGAGCAGCAGCAGGAGAAGGAGCAGCCGAGCCCUGUGGAGACGACGGAGCCCAGCGAAGGGUCUGAGGAGGCGAAGGAGAGCGUCCAGAUGCCCCCGGCCCGACCUCUGCUGUCCAUGAGGUCCAUGAGCAUCGUGGACCCUGAGGACAAGUCCCCCAACAUGAUCGUCUACAGAAAGAUUGAGGACAUUGUCACUCGUAUCCAGGACGAGACGGAGGGGGUUCCCAUCAGAACCGUCAAGAGCUUCAUGACCAAAAUCCCCAGUGUCGUCACGGGUGCAGAUAUCGUACAGUGGAUGAUGAAGAACUUGGCCAUUGAAGAUCCAGCCGAGGCCAUGCACAUCGGGAGUCUCAUCGCAGCUCAGGGAUACUUCUUCCCAAUCUCAGAUCAUGUUCUCUCCCUCAAAGACGACGGCGCUUUCUAUCGCUUUCAGGCUCCAUAUUUCUGGCCGUCCAACUGCUGGGAGCCUGAAAACACCGAUUAUGCUAUCUACCUGUGCAAGCGGACCAUGCAGAAUAAGACCAGGCUGGAGCUGGCAGAUUACGAGGCGGAGAACCUCGCCAGGCUGCAGAGAGCCUUUGCCAGGAAGUGGGAGUUUAUCUACAUGCAAGCUGAGGCCCAGGUCAAGAUCGACAGGAAAAAGGAUAAAACCGAGAGGAAGAUCCUUGACAGCCAGGAGAGGGCCUUCUGGGACGUCCACCGACCUGUGCCUGGAUGUGUGAACACCACAGAGAUGGACAUCAGAAAGUGUCGACGCAUGAAGAACCCUCACAGAGUUAAGAAGUCGGUGUACGGUUUGGCAGAGGAGGGGACGCAGGCUCAGAGUCCCAUACACACUCCUUCACACCUCAGCAGGAAAGGCACCAAGGAGGACGUCGAGAAAGAGAUCUUUUUCCUGAACCUGCAGUUGGAUCGUCACUGUUUGAAAAUGUCUAAAGUCGCUGACAGUCUGAUGACCUACACGGAGCAGUACAUGGAGUACGACCCGUUUGUGACGGCCACAGAACCAUCAAACCCCUGGACCAGCGAUGAUCCGUCCUUCUGGGAUGUGGAGGCGAGUAAGGAGCCCAGUCAGCAGCGGGUGAGGAAGUGGGGUUUCUCUCUGCAGGAGGCGCUGAAGGACCACGCGGGACAGGAGCUCUUCCUCAAGUUCCUGGAGUCGGAGUUCAGCUCGGAGAACCUGCGGUUCUGGUUGGCGGUGCAGGACAUGAAGAGGAGGCCUCAGCAGGAGGUCGCACAGAGGGCGCAGGACAUUUGGACGGAGUUCCUGGCCGAGGGAGCUCCCAGCUCCAUCAACCUGGACUCCCACAGCUACGAACGCACCAGCCACAACCUGAAAGACCCCGGACGAUACAGCUACGUGGACGCACAGGACCACAUCUACAAACUGAUGAAAAGUGACAGCUAUGCACGCUUCCUGCGCUCCAACUUGUACCAGGACCUUCUGAUGGCGAGGAAGAAACCGGAGACGGAGCAGGGACGACGCACCUCCCUGGAGAAGUUCACUCGCAGUGUGGGCAAGUCGCUGACGGGCAAACGACUCACGGGCCUCAUGCAGUCGUCCUGACAAGGCCUGGAUCCAGAGUAGGAAGAACCAUACCCAGAAGAGCCGCUUACACCUGGGGAGCAGGCGGAAAAGUGCCCCGGGGCGUUUGGGCGUGGCUGCGGGAGGCGGGUGAGAGCAACCCAACGAGCCACGAGGCGCCACACUGGACCUGCCGCCACGUUUGAACCCCCCACCCCCCCACCCCACCCCUCCACACGGAUUUAGUUGAAGAGGAGCGACAGCAUGCAAUAAGUCACCAGACCUGACACCAGGACAGUGCUGUCACAGGGGGAAAACAAUGCUUCUCUUCUAAAGGAGGUUUCUACUCGGACGCCUGCACCUCAGCAGGCCCUGUUGUUUCUCUCUAUCUACUAUCUACACUCAUGUUAUCAUGGCGGCUGCAGAGGCCUUCACUUUACUUUCAGCGAUAUAAACAUGGAAUGCUUGAAUGCCUUGACUGAUGUCAAAAAGAGACUUAAUUAAUGCCGUAGCUAGUUUUAUCUCACACCAUUUCACUAUGGGAUGAUAUAAGGGAGGUUCACAGUGAACGUCCGCACUCUUGUACUGAACGUCUGCUUCACUCUUCACGAGGACGUUUGUGUUAACGGGCGGAGAGGUGCACCGACUUCUUAGUAAAUGAGCUUUUGGAUCGAGCGGGAUGACACAAGAUUAACGUCCUCUGGGUGUUUGAUUCUGGUUUAGCUUCCCGGUGUGUGGUCACAUUUUAUUUAAAUGGUUUCUGCAGGUUUUUAAGUUGAAUUUAACUUUUGUAGGAUCUACGUCAACUAUGACAUAUACGAUAGAAUAUCAGAGCUCCGGGAUUACGUACACUUCCCCAUAAUUAAAGAUAGGGUGAAGUAGCCUUUUAAAGCAUGGAUUGAGUCACUGGGGUUAGAAGAGAAGAACAGUAUUUGUGUGUCAUCUGCAUAUAAAUGGAGGUUGGCGUUAAGUUUGUGGAUGACACACCCCAGGAGGAACAAAGUGAAAAGGAAAGGUCCAAGGACAGACCCCUGGGGAACCCCACAGGUCAUGUUCACUGAGUAGAUAUCCAAAGUGUUUCCCUACAGUUUGUAAGACUCCAUUGUCAGUUCUAUGUUGUUCUUGUUUGUAGUCACCAGGCGCUAAAAUCAAUAUCACUGAGAAAGAACUGCAACACACAGAGACAUCGGAAAUCUAUGCAUUCCACCUAAACACUAAAACUUUCAAAUUUAAGGUGCGAUGGAAGUAGCGUCAAAUGAAUCAAGUGUGUAAAGAUAUUCAAGAUCUAGUACAUAAUAUUUUAACCUUUUUACGACUUUUUAAGGCCUGAAAUUCAAACCGUUAAAGACCCUGCUGAAACCCUGUGUGUUGUCUUCACAUUAACUCACGUGUGUUUGUUAUUCUUAUUCCAGACUGAUUAAAACUACAGGUGAACACUUGUUUAUUUCCCGCUCUAAAACCCUGGAGCCGCCUCGACCUGCUCAGGUUCAGUAGAUCUGACCUGGAAAACAGGUAAACGAGAACGUUUUUGAUUAUUUUCGUUUUCGUCUGCACAAAUUGUACAAGAUCUCGUCUCUACACCGGCACCUGUAUCAUUUCUUGGAUGAUCUCACCCUCUGAGAGAAAAACCAUUCACCACUGCCUCUGUAAGCACACUUUCUAUUAAUAGCACAGCUUCAACAGCAGCGUGGAACAGACAGAGGUGUAAUCUUGUUGUCAUUGAGGCGAAGGACAAGUUGAUCAUUUCACAAACACAAAAAAAGAAAGUUGUUGCUGAAUUAGUCUUGAUUCUAUCUUCUAAACAUUCCACUUCAGGCUGACGCAACAAGGGACUUUGUGGGUCUGACCAUUGUUCACCGUAUGUAAAGAGGACCAUGAUAAUAAAAGAGGAAUGCUCAACGAAGA